CGGGCCCCCGCCGCGCCCCGGAGCGGGUCCCCGGAGCGCAGAGCGGCCCCGCCGCGGCGGGCCCAGGACGGCGCGGCCCCGGGGGGCCCCUGCGUGGUGCUGAGCACCAACAGCCCCGCCGCGCUCAAGGUGGGCAAGCGGCAGCUCAUUCCCAGGAGCCUGGCCUCCGAGGUCCGAGCCGGCAAGGCCCCGCUGCAGAACGGGGAGCCCCACAGGAGGCUCCUCAAGGUGCGCAGCAUGGUGGAGGGCCUCCGGGCGCAGGACGCGCAGGACCGAGGCGCGCAGGACGCGCAGGCCGAGCCCGAGCCCGAGCCCGAGCCCGAGCACGACGCCGGCAGCCCGGGCUCCCUGCGCAGGGGCCUGCGCUCCACGUCCUACCGCCGCGCCGUGGUCAGCGGCCUGGACCUGGACAGCCCCACCACGUCCAAGAAGAAGAACAGGAUGUCCCAGCCCGUGCUCAGAGCGGUGAUGGAAGACAAGGAGAGGUUUUCCAGCCUGGGAAGGAUAAAGAAAAAAAUGCUGAAAGGACAAGGAACAUUUGAUGGGGAAGAAAAUGCUGUCCUAUAUCAGAACUACAAAGAAAAAGCUCUUGACAUUGACUCUGAUGAAGAGUCAGAGCCCAAAGAGCAGAAGUCAGAUGAAAAAAUUGUGAUUCACCACAAGCCACUGAGGUCCACAUGGAGCCAGCUCUCUGCGGUGAAAAGAAAUGGAUUAUCACAGACAGUUAGCCAGGAGGAAAGAAAGAGACAGGAGGCUAUCUUUGAAGUCAUAUCCUCUGAACAUUCCUAUUUACUCAGCUUGGAGAUCUUGAUACGAAUGUUUAAAAACUCUAAAGAACUGGGUGACACAAUGACCAAAACAGAGAGUCACCAUCUUUUUUCCAACAUUACAGAUGUCUGUGAGGCAAGCAAAAAAUUCUUCACGGAGUUGGAAGCAAGACAUCAGAAUAAUAUCUUCAUCGAUGACAUAAGUGACAUUGUGGAAAAGCACACAGCAUCCACAUUUGACCCGUAUGUGAAAUACUGCACAAAUGAAGUCUACCAACAACGAACACUACAGAAAUUGUUAGCCACCAACCCAUCUUUUAAAGAAGUACUGUCACGAAUUGAGUCCCACGAAGACUGUAGGAACUUACCCAUGAUCUCCUUCCUCAUCCUCCCCAUGCAAAGGGUGACUCGCCUGCCCCUGCUAAUGGAUACUAUCUGUCAGAAGACACCGAAGGACUCUCCGAAGUAUGAGGUCUGCAAGAGAGCCUUAAAGGAAGUAAGCAAGUUGGUCCGACUGUGCAAUGAAGGCGCUCGGAAGAUGGAAAGGACUGAAAUGAUGUACACAAUUAACUCCCAGUUGGAGUUUAAAAUUAAGCCGUUUCCUCUAGUCUCCUCUUCCCGGUGGUUGCUGAAAAGAGGUGAGUUAACAGCCUACGUAGAAGACACUGUGCUUUUCUCAAGAAGGACGUCUAAACAGCAAGUCUACUUCUUUCUCUUUAACGACGUGCUCAUUAUCACCAAGAAGAAGAGCGAAGAAAGUUACAACGUCAACGAUUAUUCCUUAAGAGAUCAGCUGCUGGUGGAGUCUUGUGACAGUGAAGAGCUUAAUUCUUCUCCAGGGAAGAACAGUUCUACGAUGCUUUAUUCAAGACAGAGCUCUGCUAGCCACCUCUUCACCCUGACGGUCCUCAGCAACCACGCGAGUGAGAAAGUGGAAAUGCUGCUCGGGGCCGAGACGCAGAGCGAGCGGGCCCGCUGGAUCACCGCCCUGGGACGCAGCAGCGGGAAGCCGCCCCUGGACCGAACCUCGCUGACCCAGGUGGAAGUCGUUCGGUCCUUCACCGCCAAGCAGCCCGACGAGCUGUCCCUGCAGGUGGCCGACGUGGUUCUCAUCUACCAGCGGGUCGGCGAUGGCUGGUACGAAGGCGAACGGCUGCGGGACGGGGAGAGGGGCUGGUUCCCCAUGGAAUGCGCCAAGGAGAUUACCUGCCAGGCGACCAUCGACAAGAACGUGGAGAGGAUGGGGCGCCUGCUGGGGCUGGAGACCAACGUGUAGGCCAACGCCGCCUUCCUCGGCCGCAGCCUGCGUGCAGCUCGAGUGGGAACAGCUGCGGACGCGGGGCUGCGAGGCUCAGCGUGUGCACGGCCGAUCGCUUCCACACGGGGCUCGCGGGCUGCAUGGGGGCCGGGGGUGGGGGUCAGCUGCUGCCGGGCUCACCGUGGGCGGCCGGGUACUCAGCAAGGGUGCUAGAUGCCGGACCCAGGUUGGCGCGUUCCCCGCGUGGCCAAGAACGCCACUGGGCCCCUUUAAGGGCUCCUUCGUAGGGUUCUCCCAGGAUGAGCAGGAGGUCCGGUUUGGGAGGAACUCCCGGUUUUGUAAAUACCUGUGUCGCCUCUUCUGGGUUCGGAUUCCGAUGCGGAGGAUCUCGCAAGGCAGGGCUCCGAGGGGAGCUGCUGCGUUGUUCUAGACCCUUCCCAGGGCAGGGAAACAGACACUUGAAUUUUUGCCGCCUCUUCCCUCCUUUGUAGGCGAGAUGCUUGCCGUAGAGAUUUUCGUUUUAAAUCCAUCUCACCCGAUAUUGGUCUCUAAUAAAACCCAAGCUACUCAAAUAAGAUAGAAUUUCAGUGGUUCACAGAAGCGAAAAAAAUCCUGCCUACAGGAGAGGGUCCUUUUUUUAGAUCGUCCCGAAUGAGCUGGUAAACUGACGUGAGGCUGCUUUUUCCGCCUUUUACCAUCUCUUUAUUAAAGAUUUUUGGCUGUUCCUCAACAGGAAGUUGGCUAAAACCCAAUCUCAAGGUCAAAGUAGGGCUCCCCGAGGUCUCCAGAUGCCAGCAUGGUACCUAACUGAAACGUACCAUUUGGUCUUUAGGGGAGCCCGCUUGAUGUGCACUAAAGGUCUUGCUGGCAGGAUUUGGAGGACCUUAGCUGUGGAUGUCCACAGAACUUCAUCUGCUCCACUGGGGCAAGGAGAGACGAUUCUCCAUGUUCUACAAAGGGAGAAAACCUGGCAAGGGGCAUGUUAUUCAAGGACUCAGAUCUGCGUGUGGCGCGUCACACCUGCCACCUGCCAGCCAGGUACCCAGAUCGUGGAUGAGGCGAGCGAAGUAAAGCCCCGCGUGGCUGCUAGAAGUGUGCUUGGCUCAUACCCCGUGACCCGCCCUCUCAGCAGUGAGCCAUGUGGCGCACCCGGGGCCUCUCGUCCCCGGAUCACUCUCCUUUACUUACUUACACAUUUCUGGGUGUAAAAGACAAGCUAGGCCCUGAGUUCCUUGAGAUCCGGGCCCGGCAGCGACGUGAUAGCGGUGGACGCGGUAGGAGAGGUCUGCAGGUUGGUAGAACAAGGUGUGGGUCUCCUGUCUCAGGUCACAGGCCUCUUAGAGGAGAAGUUAGGACGUUGUAAUCUGAUCUCGUGACGUUUGCAUUUAGGAAGGAGGAGUAAAGGUGUUGCUUGCAAAGGGAUCGUUUUUGUGUUAUUUUUGGCUAAUAUCCAUUUGAAGCUAAAAAGCAAUGAUAUGAAUCCUGUGAAUUAAUUUAUAAGUAGAGGUUAAACAGUCUUGGAAACGUGUGCAUUGUACAAAUCACAGCCUUACGUAGAAAGCAGGCCGGUACGGUUCUCGGGUAGUGGGGUCACACGGCGGGGGUUAACACAUUCAGGUCCCCUUCCCACCCUCAGCUGUCCUCUUUCUCGGACAGCGCUGUUUUCAAACCUAGUUCAGUUCCUCCGGACGGAGAGCAGCUUGGAGCUGUCCAAGGACUUCAUUCCGUGGCCUGCGGAGAACAAAAGUACUCCUUUUUGUCCCAACGAAUUGAUACUGCUUGUAUACUUUUGGUGAAAUAAGUGAAUUUAUAAAGAUUUUGUAUAGAAUUGUU